AUGGACCCAGCCUUCCGCAAGAUACACAGAGAUAUCAACCGUCUCCACGAAGAAGAAGAAAAGAUCAAGUCCCUCUCUGCCGCCAGAGAGCUCGGCAUCAAGGUUCGCCGUAUUGAUCGGACCUUCUCAACCUCGUCAUCACCUGUGAACUUCAAGCCAGCCUUCUUCAUCCCGCCAAAAGGAGACAAGCUGAGCACAUACCAUCGAUGUGCGAAGUGUGCAUCUUGUGCGGCACCUUCUUCUCCAUCUUCUUCUUUGUCUACCUUACCCAACCGCCUGUCCUCGUCUCGUUCGUUUUCUGCCUGGUCGUUCUCGAGACGUUUCUCAUUCUCCUCUACCCGCUCAUCUCCCGCCUGUGAAAUAGAAGCAGAACCAGAACCAAAGGAAGAAGAACCCGAAGGUGAAGAACAAGAACAAUUAGACUGUGAGCACAGUGAAAGGUACCCUUACAUGAUCCGGAGCCUGGCCGAGAUGCAGGGGAUUGAACCACCCGCUCUCCCCAAGGCAGCUCGCCAGCCCAUCCUAACAGCCAACGGCCCAGUAAUGAAAGGCAAACUCCCACAAGACGAGGCCGUCGAACUCCACGAAGACGAUGAGUGGAAAGUCACUCAAGUCCUCGAAGACACCACCUAUAACAACCCACACGCCAUCGUCGAAAUCGUCGUCAGAGGGCAAGGAUAUACAGAUGGGUCCUUUCUAACCGCCAAUGAAGUAAAGGCCAUCGUGCGCGUAAUGAAGCUUCGCAUGGAUAUGAGACAGUACCGCCACCAUGGCUGCUGCCCUCCGGUCCUUGCACUGUCUUAUGUUGCAACUAGGUCCGGAAACGAUACCGAGUAUCGCUCGGGAAGAAUCCUGCAGGCAUACCACGACGGACGGCAGCUGGUGAUUCAGUAUUCGGAACGGUUUGAUCUUUCCAAUGCCCAGCGGGCAGCUGUGUCACUCGAGAAAUUCCUCCGUUAUUAUUUCUGUGAGCCGGUGAAGACCGGGGCCCUUGCCGAGAAGAAGGAUGAAGACUUGUGGAAAGUGUUGCAGAGCUGGAGCGCCAUAAAGAGACGUUAUCACAUGGACUCGAAGAAAAAUAACGAAAAUGACAAGAACGAGAACGGCGAGAAUGACGGGGCAGAUGGCGAGACCAAAGACCACUUCCUCCGCCACUGGUUUAAUAAAUUAUUGAUCUUUGCGUAG